CUUUUCGUAAACCAGUCCUCGGGGGUUGAGUUUGAACGACGGCCCUCCGCCAUCACUCCUCAGCCCUUCGCAGCCUGCAACAGACAAAAAAUAGCCAUCGGAUGCCGAGUGCCGCCCCAAGUCUGACUUGAAAUCCAAAGGGCACCCCUUUCCCCAUCCCGUGCUCCUGUUUUGGAUGAAUUUGGCCCGUUGAGAGCGCGCCCGUGGUGCAGACGACAAAAGAGGCUGCUUGCUGAGGGUACCGAGUAAGCUGCUUGCUUUGCUGCCGCUUGGUGCUGCUGCUGCUCUCCCUUUCGCGAACAGGAACACGCGAAUCGCGCGACAACUUGCAACCCACGCAGCUAAAAAUUCACCCACCUUUUUUUUUGCACACGGCCAACCAUCCCACCUCCCGGGGGUCCAUCACCACCUCGACGGGUCUACUCAUUCCCCGCCAACCAUGGCUACGCCCGACGUCGCCGCGCCGAGUGUCAACGGCGUCGCAGCUUCGUCGCGUGCAGACUCGCCCGCAGACUCAAUUAAUUCCUCCACCAAGCGGAAACGCGAUGCGAACGACGACCAGCAGGACCACAACGACAAGAAUUCCAAGCCCCAGGUGAACGGCCUCCAAAAGUGCCACGAUGAUCAAUCCCUCAUUCGCGACUUUUUUGAUGUUCUACAAAGCCACGACAAGACCACUCCAGCCAUCCUCAAGCGCCAUCUCCAAGUUCCCGCCCCCGACGGUGAGCCCUCCCUCAAAAGAGCCAAAUCCGAGGAAGACGAGCCGACCACCAUUGCCGACAAGGUGUCACAGGGGGCCUACCGAAUUCUCGACGACCUGAUGUGCGAUCUCACCAAGGCGGUAGAAGACCAGGUGAAGGAACUCAAGAUUGAAGAUGGUGCUGCCAACGGGGACGUCAUCAGCCAGACGAAAUCCUUCAAAGCCGCGGCUUUGGAGCUGUACCGACGAGAGCUGUCGUACCCCAAAUUGCCCCAAUCUUUACCGGCGGUGCGACCUGGCCAAAAGGAAACAGGAUCUGAGGGUAGCUUGGUCUUGUCGACGUUUGGUCAAGCCCCGAAUUUAAGGCCACUUUUUACCAGUCUGCAACAUCCUGCUUCACCCGAUGGAGUCGUCAAGCCCUUGGGAGACGGGCAGUUGCCCAAUGGAGUUACUGCGACCAAGAUUUACCCAGACGUGUGUGCGGCCAGCGACAAGAAUGCCCGUUCGCUGACACUAGGAGAGCUGUUCCCUUCCCCAAGAAACCUGCCACCUCUGCAACCACCAAAGGCGCCCAAGAACACCACUAAGAGCAAUGUUCUUACCUUUUACCACCCCGAGCUUACCGAGAAAUCCAAGUAUCGUUCUGGCACUUAUUUUUCCCAGCCCCUCUCCACUGGACACUGGCUGGAUUACAGCAACGCGACACCGGCCAUUCACGCCAAAACCAAGCAGCGCGAACGAGCCCAGAGCUUGGCAGGAGUCAAGCCUUCAUCAGUUGAGCUGGAACUGUCGGAAAUGGAAGCGCUUUUUCGAGGCGCCUUCUCCAGCUUCGCCCCGAGUAAAGAUGACUCGGCUGCGAUUGUGCCUUCGAGCCUCAUCAGCCGGAUUUGGUGGCAGCGGGUUGGUCGACGGAACUUUGAAAAGAUGAACGAGGAGGCGUUCGAUGAGAAGGAAGAGGAGAAUGCUGUCGAUCCCGCUUUGGUAACCGAGAUUGACGAUGAUUUGGUCAAGGAAGCUAUUGAGAAUUGGGAUUCUGUGGUUGUUGACCCUACUUUGGAUGAGGUACUCGGAAAGAGGUCGGAUGGGGAGAAGGAGGUGGAGGACCUUCUCGACGAGGUGACUGACAUGAUUGAAACACUAUCCUCUUUCCAGCGGAACCGCAACCUGACUGUACCGACCAGUCAAGACCGGUACUCAGCCGACCCCAACAAUGGCGAUAUGCUGCGCAACGGCAACGCCUCGCAACAGCCAAGUGAGGAGGAAAUGAUGACGUAUGAAACGCUCAAGGCACAGCUUGCCUUGAUCAUCCAGAGCCUGCCUCCCUACGCCGUCGCUCGUCUCAACUCGGACAGGUUGGAAGAGCUGGCUGUCAGCACCAAGAUUGAGGUUCGGUCAGAUGACUACAGGGGUGUCAUGGAGGAGGAUGAACCAGCACGCCUUGCGCGACAGGCCGCUCAAGCUGCAACAAACGCCGUCCAGCGCCAGGCGCACAGGACCCCGAGCGUUUCUUCCGCCACAUAUGGCAACCACCAAUAUCCCGGUCAGUUCCAACCGUCGGCCCGUCCCAUCGCCAACGCGCAGCACUUUCCACAAACACCGGUUCGGCCUCAGCAGAACAUGUUCCCGCGGGCCCCGUCUACCGUCCCGAUCCCGCAGCCGCAUCACCAAGUCCAACCCCGCCAACCGCCCCCUACCCAGUACAGGCCAGCACCGGGGCCGCAAAUGUAUGCACCGCAGCUUGCCAAGGCCCAAGGGCCCUAUGGCCAUUCUGGUGUUCCUCAGCCCUACGUCAACAGUCCCACGCAGCAACGGAUGCCACAACCGCCGCCGCCACCUCAUUCUAACUAUAUGGGGCAACAAGGCGCACCUCGUUAUCCCCAACAGGGUUACCAGCAAAGCUUUCCCCAGCAUCAGCAGAUUCACCCCCAACAUCAACAGCACCCGCAGCAUCAGCAGGUGCCACACCACCAGCCGCUGGCUCAACAUCCACCGCAGCACCCACAUAACCCGCAGCACCCGCCACAACAUGGGCAGCAGGCGCCUUUCCCAGCCUACGCUAAUGGCGGACCUAUGCAGCGGACUAUUUCUCCGCAGAUUCCACAACAGAACCCAUAUGGACAAUCGCCAACCCCGCCGCAACAGCAUCAGCAACUACCCCAUGGGCGCCCACCUUAUGGACCUGGUACUCCUGGGAUGCCGCCCAACAACGUGCAGCAUCGCGGGCCUUAUCCUGCCUCGCCAAACAUGAUGCAAGGGGGCAACAGACCGUCUUCGAGCCUUACUGGCUUUGCAACCGUUAUGCCCGAGGUACAGCAGCGCCAGGUCAUGGAGCAAGCUCGCGCCAGAGCGGAUGCGGAGCAGCGUGUGAGUGGACACAUGGGCAAGGUUGCUCAAGGCGAAGUUGUGGGCUUGGCAGGGAUUGGUCUCGGUGGGCAGAUGGACGUCCAUAAGAUGGCAGCCGCCAACAAGAUGCAAAUAGGCAACAACGGGGCGUCACCAGGGCCCAAGAUGGCCAUGCACCAACCAAGUCCGACACCUCCCAUGAAUGGCACACAGACACCGGUGCCCGUACCGCAUGUUCCCAGCCCGAUGCAGGGCGUUGUUCCAACCCCGAGCCCCGGACCUCAGGGGCCCUUUGUCAAGCCGGCCAUGCCUUGA